AUGAGGUCAUGGCAGAGGUUGCCACGCAGCACUCGACGUAAUCACCAAUGUCUCCCCACUCAAAGUACCGCAGCUCAAGUAGCCCAGGGGAGUGAAUGCUUUUCUUCAGCCAGGCAAGAACUAAGGAACAUUGUAAGAGACGGUCUCCACCCAGCCAAUGCGACCCUGGGCUUUGGCACCAUUCUCGCCGUCUCACAUAUCCAGUCGCCUCGACGCAGAAGCCUACUAUGGGCAGCGAAUCUAACGGACCUCGAGGUUGUAAUUCCAGACCAGGAAGAUUGGACAGAAGGUGAUGUGCAGAACUUCCGUGCCAAGGAGGGCAGUAGCAUAAGCAAAGGAAGUGCACUGGCGUGGCUAGGACAUUUAGAUGCGCUGAGAUGGUUCCUGAACACGACGCACGAAACAGCACUCAUAAUCGAAGACGAUGUAGACUGGGACAUGUCCAUUCGACAGACGCAGAUCCCUCUUCUCGCCGCAGCAGUACGCGUCCUCCUCGCCAACAACUCCAGUGACACUGGGUACUGGUCGCAUGCCUCCAACUGGGACCUGCUCUACCCAGGGCACUGCGACGACCUGCUCUCCCCAUCGACCUACCUGGCUCAUCCCCACCUACUAUACCGCGACGACACCACGCCACAGCACACGCUACUCCACCCGGAUACAUUCAACUUCCUGCACUCCUUUGCUUUACCGGAAGGUACACGGUUCCUGCACCGCGCCUUCUGGCCCUUCUGCACAUUCGCCUACGCCGUAACCCGACGCUCUGCUUCUCUAAUCCUAGCACACCUCUCCCGCGAACUAGAGGGCGGCACUAGCGCGUUCGACGUGGCAUUGCUGGCGUCCUGUCGCGAUUUGGACUGGAGGUGCUGGAGUGUGAGUCCAGAGCUGUUUCACCAUACUCAGGGCCAGUCGGAGAUUUCCAGAGCGGAUGGAAAUGGCGAUGUAGAAGUAGGGGCGAAAAGGGCAACGAGGGCGACGUGGAAUAUAGGAUGUGGCGCGAGACAUGCGCAGUUGUGGAUGGACGAGAGUGAUGUGGUGGGAAGGAGGGAGCUGAAGGCGUUGGUGGAGGGCAUAGUGGAGAGGGGUGAAUGUCCCGUUGAUGGAGUGGAGGAGGAGAAGGGCUGGAAGGGGUGUGAGUGGGGAGAAUGCGGUGCUCAGUCCUGAUAUCCUGGCCAUGCAGAUAUAUAUUCGGCAAUCUUCUACGGUGCCAGACGAGAAUGGUCAAAGACAUCAGUCCAUUUGGAUUUUGAUAUAAUGAUUAUCUACAAAUAGCCGCCCCGCCGUGCACUACCGCCCAGUCGUAACUGAUCGGUAAAUGCACAAAGCAACUCGUACGCCAUAUCAUACAAAAAAAGCCCGCACACGAAGAUAUGGAUGGGUAUCCAGAAGCGAAUGGGA